UGGUAAACGAGCACGGCGGUGUGGCUUCACCCAUAGAGAAAGGGUAACACUAAAUGGAAACAUACUCCCAAUCUCUAUGGUGGUCGGAACGGCGAUUUGACGGAGAGCAUCGGCAUAAAGUGUUGUAGGCUCGGAGGCGGCAUGGUUCUCUAUAAAGCUUUAUUUUUAUUUUCUUUAUAGAGAAGAUAAGAGUUCCACGUGGCAUAUUUUGGUUGGUUUGAUGUAUCAAACGGUACAAAAACAGGAUCAUUAUCCUGCCUUUCCCGCAAUAAAGUUACAUAAUCUUCUACCGAAUAUUAGUCCAAAGCAGCCACCAAAAAUUGUGACCUCGAAGGAAUUAAGGUCAAAGCAACAUUGCAACCUAAGUAUCAAAACCGUGCUUAACAAUCUUGUUUUGGUUCUUGUUCUGCGUUUUGCUUCGCCAUUCACAGACCAACGCCAAAGAGAAUUAUGGGAGUGACCCCCAAAAUCGCUCCUUCGAUGCUUUCAUCGGAUUUCGCCAAUUUGGCUUCCGAAGCUCAUCGUAUGCUCAACUAUGGUGCUGAUUGGCUUCACAUGGAUAUCAUGGAUGGGCACUUUGUCAGUAAUUUAACUAUGGGCGCUCCAGUCAUUGAAAGUUUGAGAAAGCACACAAAGGCGUAUUUGGACUGUCAUCUGAUGGUUACAAAUCCUCUUGAUUAUGUUGAACCUUUCGGAAAAGCUGGUGCUUCUGGUUUUACAUUUCAUAUAGAGACAUCAAAAGACAACUGGAAAGAACUUAUUGAAAACAUUAAGUCACUCGGCAUGAGGCCCGGCGUAGCGAUAAAACCUGGGACAUCUGUAGAAGCGGUUUAUCCGCUGUUUUUUUCACAGGUUGAAGCUGAAACUCCUGUGGAAAUGGUUCUUGUGAUGACUGUAGAACCUGGAUUCGGAGGACAAAAGUUUAUGCCAGAGACGAUGGACAAGGUACGGAUACUGAGGAAGAAGUAUCCAGCACUUGACAUAGAGGUUGAUGGUGGUUUAGGGCCUUCAACCAUAGACAUGGCUGCAUUAGCGGGAGCAAAUUGCAUUGUUGCCGGAAGUUCAGUAUUUGGAGCCCCUGAGCCAGCUCAAGUAAUAUCCUUACUGAGAAAUUCUGUUGAGAAAGCCCAGUUAACAUAUUAACUUGAUAUAAUAAAGAUCUUUCAUUGAUGUUACAAUGAUUGUAACUUCGUGUAAUCUAUAUGCUUGUUGUGCUAACAAUUUCAAGUCAAAUAAGAGAUCAAGUGAUUUAAUAAUGUCACUGUCUAUGUCUCUCAAUAUUUAAUGUGUACUUCACAAAACUGUAAUACAGGCAUAAAAGGAGUGACACAUAUUGCUGUCACCUGAUUAAACAUUUACAAAUAGCUUUAUAUUUUUCAUUUACCAAUGGUACUAGUGGAAAUUGAAUAUGCAA